AUGGGUGCAGAGACUGGCUUCGUGUUCGGAUGCUGCUGGGCCGGGCCUUGCUCUUCCCUCGACAUCGACGACGACGACGACAACGACGACGACAAGAUAAUGACCUCCAGCUGCGACAAUUACGGGCUUUUCAAUGGUUCGUCCUGCAACUGCCCGCCUGGCUUUGGCGGCUCGUCCUGCUCCCAGCCCGCGUGCGGAGGCAACGUCUUCCAGGGCUCCGCCCGUCCCUUGGCCUCUUCACCGGGCAGCUCUCCGUCUUUCCCCAAUAUCACCGGAUGCGCGUGCGAGAGCGGGUGGACCGGAACAGGCUGCAACGUCUGCCAGAGCUCAGACGCCUGCCAGUCCGCCUAUGCGGCCACUGGGCACUCGUCCUCGGGCCUGUCGAGCGGAGAAAACGACACUCUCACGUGCAAUGCACACUCGAGAGUAUACGCCGCAGGGCAGAUGAGCUGCUCCGUACAGAAUCCGACCCUCCAAGCGAUAUACCCCUUAUCGUCGACGCUGAACAUCCUCCGUACGCUCAACCCGUCGCUCACCCCUCUGCCCAACAUGACCGGGUUCGGCUCGUCCGGCUCCGUCUACGCACAGCUCUUCUAUGACGGCGUCGAGCAAUUCGACUGCACCGCCGACUCCUGCACGCAGGACACCACCGACGCCACGGACGGGAGCUCCAAGUGGACGUGUCAGAACCUGCGCUGCACAUGCAUCCCGGGCACGUCGUUCUGCGGCGGCGUCCCCGUCUCCAACCUCACGGCCAUCAUCGACGGUCUCUCGGGCACCCUCGUGAUCGCCUGCGCCGCACCCUCCGCGGGCAGCACCACGGCGAGCUGCACGUUCCAGCAGUCUACUAUCGCCUCCGUCUUUGGCUCCUCCGGUCUCGCUCUCAGCGGCUGUGCGUUUGGCGAAUGUGUCAGCCAAGAUGUCGUCGACACCGUCUCGUCCAAUACUACUUCCUUGGCAGGCGGGGUGAGCAGCAGAAAAUCCUUGAGUGGCGGCGUGAUUGCCGGCCUCGCUGUCGUCGGCGGGCUCAUCGCGCUCGCCCUGUUCUUCCUCCUAUACGGCUGGUACAGACAGCGGAGAGCGCGGAAGCUUGGACCUGGUGGUGCGAGUCGCGCCGGCGGCGUUACAGUAGAGUGGUCGGACGUCAGCUACUUUGUCCCCGCGGCGGAUGACCAGCGAUCAAAGUGGACGGAGAGUCCGCUGAGGCGGCGAAGAAAUCGUAAGGACUUGAAUGGCCACAAGGCAGUUCUCGACAAUGUAACUGGUCGUGUGUCGCCAGGCGAGGUGAUGGCCAUAAUGGGACCAAGCGCGGGGAAGACCACGCUCAUCGAGAUCCUAGCCAGAAAGCAAAAGUCGGGCCAGACCACUGGUUCGGUCUCUGUCUUGCGCACUGCAUCCGUCGGCAACAGCGGCGCAUCCCGGGUGCCCCACAUUGGAUUUGUGCCCCAGCAGGACGUUCUCCCCCCAGUGCUCACGGUGCAUGAGGCGCUGCUGUUCGCCGCGCGUCUGCGCCUUCCCGAGAGCAUCCCGGCGUCGGAAAAGCGUGCGCGCGUCGACGCAGUCGUCUGCCAGCUCGGCCUGGCGCAUAUACGCGACGUCCGGAUCGGCGACGGCGAGACACGCGGAAUCAGCGGCGGCGAGAUGCGCAGGGUGAGCAUCGGGCUCGAGCUCGUAGCGCGCCCCGACGUGCUCAUCCUCGACGAGCCGACGAGCGGCUUGGAUUCGGUCUCGGCACGGAAGGUGGCGGAGGUUCUCGCCACACUGGCGCACGACGAAGACAGCCCGACGGCAGUCGUCGCGUCGAUCCACCAGCCGAGCUCGCAGCUGUUCCGCACCUUUGACAGGAUCCUGCUCCUCGCGCACGGCCGUGCACUUUACUGCGGUCGUGGCGGGUUUGCACCAGCAGAGCACUUCGCCGCACGGGGUAUUCCGUACACGGAGGGAUACAACGUCGCGGACUACCUCCUCGACAUUGCCAGCGACCCGCCUGUCGGCCUAUUCCAUACUGCUGAGGGCAGUGAGAAGACCAGCAGCCCAGAGCUCGCCGAGAAGCCGCAUGGCGGCGAGGACCUGACUGUCGUAGAUGAGGCGGAGAAAGGGCUUAGGGCGGCGCUUCGGCCAUUGUCUGGAGAGAGGUAUGCGACCACAUUCCUGACGCAGCUGCAGGUUCUGUCCGGCAGGGAGUGGAAGAUCCUGGGGAGGGACAAGACGUUGUUUUUCACUCAUAUCGCAGUAGCCUGCGUGCUGGGGGUGUUUUGUGGUGGCUUGUACUAUAAGACUGGCGUCACCAUCGCGGGGUUCCAAUCGCGAGUGGGAUGUCUGUUCUUCCUCGGCGCACUUAUCGCUUUCUCGUCGCUCAGCGCGCUGUACAACGUCGUGACAAUAAGGCCGCUGUUUCUGCGAGAAAGAUCAGCGUCUUACUACAGCCCUACGGCAUGGCUGCUGUCUCGAUUCAUAUUCGACGUGAUACCCCUUCGUGUGAUACCCGCGGUGAUCGUUUCGUCUGUAACAUAUUGGAUGGUCGGCCUCGCACCAGAGGCAGCCAACUUUUUCAAGUUUCUCUUCAUCUUGGUCCUGUAUACUCUAGCAAUGACGCUCUUCAACUUCCUGCUCGCGUGCCUGUUCCGGAACGGCGGGAUCGCCAUCCUGCUCAGCGCGCUUCUUGCGCUGUACCAGAUGACCUACGCCGGUUUCUUCGUGCACCUCGGGACGAUACCCCCCGUGCUCCGCUGGCUCCAGUGGCUGUGUCCGCUGAAGUACACCCUCGAGGCGCUUGCGGUCAACGAGGUGGGCUCGGGGCUCAUGAUCGAGGACAGCCUGGACGGCGUGCCGGUCGACGUCUCGGCGAGCCUCAUUAUGGAGACGCUGUUUGGGUUUGGGGUGGACAACUACUACCGGGACGUGCUGGUGUUGUUCGCGUUCAUUGCGGGAUUUGGACUGUUGGUGGUUGGCGCUGUGUGGUUGAAAGUGAGGGAGAGGCGAUGA